UCAAGUUCAGAAGAAAACAGUUUUUUUUCUGCCUCUCCAAAAAAGGUUGGAACAUGGAUUAGAUGUCCUCUAUGUGAGAAGAGAGAAGAGAAACAUUUUUAGUACAAGAGGGGAUUUUUAUGACUUCAAAAACUGAAUCUUGACACAGAACAUAUCAGUGCAAUAGACAAAUGAGCAAAGAAGAUUUUUUGGCUUUCACUUUACAUUUCUUUUUAUAUUCCAUUACAUUUUUGUCACCUUUUACAACCCUUCGAUAUUUGAUCCUGCCAACACCACCAUGGGUAAUAAUACAACAGAUACAGAUUUCAACAAUUACAGUAAAAUUUACAUUGCGGUUGAGACAGUUAUUGGGAUAUCAGCUGUCCUAGGUAAUAUCAUGGUCAUCUGGGCAGUGAAGAUAAACCAAGGACUUCAGAAUACGACAUUUUACUUCAUUGUUUCCCUGGCAUUUGCAGACCUAGCAGUUGGAGUUUUGGUGAUGCCUCUGGCCAUUAUCUUAUGCUUGGGAAUAUCACUGAAUUUCCACUCAUGUUUAUUCAUCUGUUGCCUGAUAAUCAUAUUAACCAAUGCAUCCAUCCUAUCCCUGUUGGCUAUCGCUAUUGACAGAUAUUUGAGGAUAAAAAUAUCAAUUAGGUACAAGAACGUGAUCACAUCUAGAAGAAUUUGUUUGUCCAUCUUGUUUGUCUGGAUUUGGUCAAUUCUUGUAGGAUUGGUACCUAUGUUUGGAUGGAAUAACAGGUCUAAACUAGAGGAUAACCAAAGAGACUUUUUGAGUUGCAGAUUCACAAGCGCCAUGAGUAUGGAGUAUAUGGUCUACUUUAACAUUUUUGGAUGGGUUUUUGUCCCCUUGAUAAUCAUGAUGGCUUUGUACGUGGAGAUAUUCUACCUUAUAAGAAAGCAGCUAAAGCAAUAUGCAAGCAAAUCUACGGGGAACGGCUUGUUUUACGGAAAGGAAUACAAGACCGCUAAAUCACUGGCACUUGUCCUAUUGCUCUUUGCAUUGAGCUGGCUACCAUUGUCCUUCAUAAACUGCAUUGCUUACUUUGACCCAAGCACUACAAAUUCUCCUUCAUAUGGGCCCAUCCUCCUGCUUGCAAUACUCUUGUCCCACGCCAACUCAGCCAUGAACCCAAUCAUAUACGCAUUUAAAAUCAAAAAGUUCAAAGAUGCAUACAUGAAAAUUAUCAAAACAUACAUCCUCCAUCGGGUGAUGCUUACAGAUAGUGGCAGUGGAGAGCACACACUUGAUGAAAUAUGUCAAGAUUAAUAUUUUCACAAAAAAAUGUAGUUGCAAAUUUCCACCUAAUGACCUUUAAAAACAGAGAUGUGCAACUAGAGAUGGAGAAUUGUGCUGACAUUUAUACAGAAAAUGUCCAUCAUUUAGGUACACUGUGUAUUAUGCUUCUUAGUAUAAGCAUUUCAGUUCAUAAUGCUGUGAGCAUGUCUUCCCUGACAUAAGAGAAAAAAAAUGUGAAAUUCCUUUGGUCACUAUUUUGGAUCAAAAUUGAAUCAGUGCUGAAUAUUCAAACCUUAUACCAAGCACUACAAAAGGAUUGUCAGCUCCAAGUUAAUAAAGAAUGCUCAA